AUGGAGUACAUCUUUACUCCCGUCAUGGACCAGCCCGACCACGUCCCCUCCACGCGCUUCUCCAUGCCGCAGAGCAUCAUACCCUCUGAGGCUUGGGAGUGGCACUUCAAGGGCUGCCGCCACGGCCUUGCUGUCCUAAUCAACCGAUGGCAGGGCAAGGGCAUAGUUUGGAAUCCUCUAACUGGCCAACAGCACCAUGUGCCUAAUUUACCACCAUGGAUAUGUGACGACCAUAGAUGGAAUUGUAGCUGGGACGCCACGGUGUUGUGCGCUAAUGCUUCAUAUGGGCAUGUGCACGGUGAUUGCUUCUCAAGCCCGUUUAAAUUGGUCUUGAUCCACGAAGGAGACAUGCAGGCGCAGACUUGCCUCUACGAUUCCUCGUCGGGUGUAUGGGGAGAUUUUGUCUCUACGACAAUUACUGAUUCAGUUUUCAUGAUGAGACCCAGCAUACUUGUUGGGAACACACUUUGUUGGUCGAUUCAUGGAGGUGACGUCCUUGCGUUUGAUGUGAAAACGCAGAGCCUUGGAGUGAUUGAGAAGCCGACAGACAACUAUAUUGCCGAUAGGUGGUUAUUUCAGCUCCUACGGAUGGAGGAUGGUGGACUUGGCUUUGCUCUUCUGUCAGAAACCAUCCAAUUAUGGGAGAGGAAACCUAAUUGUGAUGGUGUUGUCCGUUUAGCUGACAUGCCUGUGGUCAGCGCUGGGAACGUUGACUAUUUCUUCUACUUUUUUUUGGAUGAACUCUGCAUACACGCCGACGCCUGGUAG